CUUUUGUACAAUAAAUGAGAAAUUAAAAGUGAAAAUAUUCAAAAUCAGGGAAUAAAAGUGUCAUUUUAAGUGGCAAAAACUCGUUUUUCUUAUGUCAAAUGCAUCCCCACAAAACGAUUCCAUGGAAAAUAACCCCACAAAAGAUGGAUCGAAAGAGCUAAUUUUGCAAUAGUGGACCCACGUGAAUUCAUUAACUCGUAAUGAACAGUGGUAAUGGCAAAAGUACGUCCACUCUUUAGUGUUGGUGUCUUUUUUGGCAUCUUUAGUCUUCAUUUUGACAAAUCAUCAUAUUUUACAUCAAAGUAAACCCAUCGUAUUCAAAUUUUAAAACAAAUUUUCUCACGCAAAACAUGAAUCGUGUUUCUAGCCGUUACCCCCGUCCCAGAUAGCUGUAAUCUUUCAUUUAUCUGUUCUGAAUAAAAACUUUGGAAUACCCAAAAUCUGAUGUUUUCUAAGUAGCCUCGAAGAAAUGAAAACAGUGAAGGUGAAGCUUCUCAAAAAGCUCAAAACAAUCGGACAUCGUAAGCGGGAAAGAAUCAUGCGAUUGAGGGCUUCCGAUGGGUAUAUUCCGGCAUCCCCUCCGCCGCCGGCGACCGAUCCCCUCUCUCCGCCGGUCCCCAUUUUCUUUCAAGGAGAAGAAGAAGAACCCAGAAGUACUCUCCAGAGCCUUGUCAAAGAUCAAGAACCAGAGAUCAUUGAAGUUUCUGAGCUGAUGAAGGAUCUUGAAGAUGAAGAAAUGGAGUUUCUUGAUGACGUGGAAGACAAAGAGAACAUCAGACCUUCACCGGAGGCAAAUAGAUUGGAAAAUCUUAGUCUAAUGAAGGCAAAGAUUGAAUCUUUGACAAAGUGGGAUUCAGGAUUUUUCCCCUUUUCCGAGAUUGAUUCAAUCGAAGAAGAAGAAGGUAAAGAUGAACCUCCUGCAAAAGUGAGAAAAAUGGAAGGAAAGGCUAUCUCCCUUUUAGAUUUUGAGGAGAAAUGUCCACCUGGGGGAAGUGAUUCAGUAAUUGUAUACACAACAGGGCUGAGAGGGGUUCCAAAGACGUAUGAGGAUUGUCAAAACAUGAUAUUGCUUCUCGAGAACUUUCGGGUUUUGUUUUUCGAGAGAGACAUCUUGAUACAUUCGGAGUUUAAGGAGGAAUUAUGGAGAAUGUUAGGACAAGAAAACAAGAUGAAGUUGAUUCCACCAAGGCUGUUCAUAAGGGGGAGGUACAUUGGGGGAGCUGAAGAAGUGUUUGCCUUACAUGAACAAGGGAAGCUUAGGCCUCUCCUUGAAGGCAUUCCUCUUGAUGUGGGACAAGAGGUUUGUGGAGGGUGUGUGGGGAUGAGGUUCAUCUUGUGUUUCAGAUGCAGUGGGAGCAGAAAACUUCAUCUUGAUCAGAAUCAUGAUUAUGACUGUGAUAAUGGUAAUGGUGAGUGGAAGAAAUGCCCUGAGUGCAAUGAGAACGGGUUGAUUGUUUGCCCUUUCUGUUGUUGAAUUGAAAAUGGAUGUUAAGAUUUGGGAUAGUUUACAUAAUUACAUUGUUGAUUGUGAUGCCAAGUUGGCAACAUAUCAAAACCAAUGUAUACAAUGUCUUAUAAUUUAUAUAGUUCAUUACUAUGAUAAAUUAUAAAUUACAUACAUGGAUGGUGCGUUUGACAUUCCUACAACCUCUCUUAGGGCAUCAAUGCAUUUUUCUUUUGAGGGAAUCUCACUUGUUUAAAGCUCCAAACAAUCUCUUUAGGUGAUGCAGACAAGAGAAAAAGCAAACAAUGUAGACAAAGUGUCAAAGUGAUACAAAUAUUCUCUUUUCUACACCAAGAGGUAUCUAAUACACACAACAUGAACAUGCAUAGUACAUGAAUUUAUUCGAGGUAUUGCCCAAGCCGUUGCCCACUUUAAGACCGUGAUUCAAAGCCCGACUAUACUAUACUCAGAUAGUUAGAUUCAUGUAUAGCAUCAGCAUUAUAUAAACUUAAAUCUAAUUGUAUCUGGAUCAUGAAUUAUUGAGUACGGGAAAUACUAGAUAAUUUAUGCUUGGAUCAUGCAGUAAUAAAUGUCAUUACUUAAACCACAAAGUAUGAAGUCGUAGCAUAAAUAAAACUUCAAAUGCUUUGGAAGCGUGACAUAAGAACACUUAUUCCAACACUUGAAAUAAGUGUUUUUUUCAUUAGUGUGACAAAAACAAACAAGUGUUUGUGUGUUUCUCAAGAUGUCCAGUACACUUGAUCACUUGCCAAACUUCCUCAGCUGACUAAGCCUCAUCGCAAACUGGAAUCUAGCGUCAAGGGAAACCCAAGAAAUAAGUGUUGUGCAAAUGUCAUAUGACCAUGACCGCACUCUCACCAGUUCUGCAAUACGUUAACAAAAACAAUUGAUAACAAAUGUGUUUACUUUACGAGGUUUAUGUAUUCAUAUAUAUGGUGAAAUAAACCAAAUCACUAUCCAAGACAUUGUUGACCAACACCCUCCACAACUUCAGCAUUCCAGGCAUCCAACUCCACUUGUGGUAUAUACUGUUCACUCCGUGUUUUUAUGACUACAAAGUUUGGUAAGAUCGUCUCACACAUAAGGGUCUCACAUGAUAAACAAUCAUUGUGAUCUUCUUUGAAUCAAACUCCAAUGACUUCGCAUAAUAGAUCAAUGGGUGGGAGCUAGGGGUACACACUUUUUGUACACAAAAAGUGGGACAGACAACUCAUCUCGCGACAGACAACUUGUCUGUGGGGGACAGACAAGUGUACACUUUUUGUGUACAAAAAGUGUGUACCCCAAUCUUUUUUCAUAGAUCAAUAUCAGCCAACACCUAAUGCUUGCCAUCAACAUUUAGUCGAAGAAAUACGUGCAGAAAUAAUUACACUUUGAAACUAAAAAGAAUGACUAAUAUAUGAAGCAGUGACUUCUAUCUACGACAAGACAAUAUUUUAGAAAGACUAGUCCAGUGAAUUCAUUUGAGGGCCUAUCCUCUGUCCAACUCCUUGCCGAUUUGAUUCUUCAAAAGUUGAUGUUACAUUUUAAAGGAGACACCAAAUACGUUACACAUAAGUACAAAUUUGGAGGAUACAUGUUUAUGGAGAUCAAAACCAUUCCCUCUAACUUUAAACCAUACCUCUUCACAGGGGCGUAUCCAUGAUUGAAGCUGUUUACGGCUUACGCACUAGGCAUAAUAAGAAAAAAUGAAUUAUCUGGCCAAAUGAUUAGAUAUGUUGCAUGCAGGAGAUGUCCCAAUGGCUUUUGCCUAAUAACAUCCAUCCAGUGUU